AUGCUGCAGCGGCUGGCACGCCCCCACCGGUCGCCAUGGGUGUGCGCGCAGUGUCUCCGGCAGCCCGCACGCCCGCGCCGCUUCAACAGCACCAUCGCCAUCGCCAUCGCCAUCGCCAGCGCCAGCGCCAGCGCCAACGCCCACGCCCGCCCUGCCGCCGCCCCGCCCGCCGCCGCCGCCGCCGCCGCCCUCUACGGCCUGUCCGCCAGCGCGACGACAGAUGACGCCGCCCUGCGCAGCGUCUUCGACAACGCCGCCUUCUGGGACUCGUUCCGCCGCACGGCCAGGACCACGGCCACGGCGCAGGCGGGCAUCAUCGGCAACAGCUACCUCACCCACCCGGACGGCUUCGUCGACUUCGUCACCCUCACCAUCCACCGCUGCAAUGCCGUCGUGCAAAACGUCGCCGACGCCGACUCGCCCGCCGACUUCAAGGGCCUCGUCAAGGAGCUCGACAAGCUCAGCGACCUGCUGUGCCGCGUCAUCGACCUGGCCGACUUCGUGCGCGGCACCCACCCCGACCGCAAGUUCCAGGCCAUGGCCGUCAAGGCCUACCACACCGUCUUCCAGUACAUGAACCAGCUCAACACCACCCCUGUGCUGUACGACCAGCUGAGGACGGCCUCGGAGAUGCCCGACGUCUACGCGAGCUGGUCCGACGAGGAGCGCAUCGUCGCCCGCAUCCUGAUGGACGACUUUGCGCGCUUCGGCAUCGGCCUCGACAGCGCCACCCGACAGCGCCUGGUCGACAUGAGCGGCGACAUCGCCGAGGUCGGCUCGCAGUUUGUCGAGGGCAUGGCGCCCGAGACGCGCCAGCUCAAGUUCAGUGCGAAGCGCAUGACGGGCAUGGACCCCAACCUGGCAAACGCCCUGACGCGCUGGGGCGAGACCACCAUCUCCACCAUGCACCACGAGUCGCAGUCGGUCCUGCGCUUUGUCCACGACCCCGACGUGCGGAGAGACGUGUACUCGGCCGUCCGCACCGCCGGCAGCUCCAGCAUCGCCCGUCUGGAGAAGAUGCUGAAGCUGCGCGCCGAGCUGGCCACCCUCUCCGGCUACGAGACCUUUGCACACAUGACGCUCGAGAACAAGAUGGCCAAGACCCCCGAGGCCGUCGACCAGUUCCUGAACGCCCUCUUCCACGACAACCAGCCCGCCGUCAUGGCCGACCUGGACGAGCUCAUCGCCCUCAAGAAGAGCGACGCACACCAAGACAACUUCCCCGACCGCAUCAACGCAUGGGACAAGUUCUACUACACCCAGAAGGCGCUCGCCUCCAUGGAGGGCGCCUACCGUCCACGCACCCCCGACACCCUCUCCGCCUACUUCUCCGUCGGCACCGUCCUGCAGGGCAUCUCGCGCCUCUUCGACCGCCUCUACGGCGUCCGCUUCGUCCCGCGCGAGACGAAACCCGGCGAGGUAUGGGACGAUGGUGUGCGGCGCCUCGACGUCAUCUCAGACACUGAAGGCCACAUCGCCGUCCUCUACUGCGACCUCUUCUCGCGCCCAGGCAAGACGCCCAACCCAGCUCACUUCACCCUCCGCUGCAGUCGCGAGAUCCUGCCGUCCGAGAUUGCAGAAAUGUCACACAUGGCGCAUCGCUUCGACUCUCCCAUCCAAGCAGCCACGGACGGCAUGCCUGUAGCCUACAACGCAGAGAGAGACAGCUACUUCCAGCUCCCCACCAUAGCUCUGAUCUGCGACUUCCACAACCCCAUCUCUCCCGGCCGGCCGGCUUGCCUGGACAUCCACGAAGUACGCACCCUCUUCCACGAGAUGGGCCACGCGCUCCACUCCAUCCUCGGUCGUACCUCACUCCAAAACGUCUCCGGCACGCGCUGCGCAACAGACAUUGCAGAACUGCCCAGCGUACUCAUGGAGCAUUUCGCCUUCUGCCCUCAAGUCCUGGGCCUCUACGCGCGUCACUGGGAGACCGACGCCCCGCUGCCCAUGCAAGCGCUCGAGCACCGCCUCGCCAUCGACAACCGCAACCAGUACACUGAGCUCGAGAGCCAGAUCUUGCUCUGCAUGCUCGACCAGGCCUACCACUCCACACUGCCCAUGCAGCCCGACUUCGACUCUACCAAAGUCUACCACGACGUUUACAACAAGUACGCCUCGGUCCCUGAGCCCGCCGGCACUGCGUGGCAGGGCUUCUUCGGCCACCUGUUCGGCUACGGAGCAACGUACUACUCCUACCUCUUCGACCGUGCAAUAGCAGCCAAGAUCUGGAGCGACGUCUUUCAAAAGGACGGCCCCAAGGGCAGCCUGGACCGCAGCAACGGCGAGCUGUACAAGAACGAGCUGCUGCGCUGGGGCGGCGGCAGAGACGGCUGGCACUGCCUGGCCGGCGUGCUCAAAGACCCGAAGCUGGCUGCCGGCGACGAGGGCGCCAUGCGCGAGGUCGGGAAGUGGGGCAUCAGAGAGAGUGUAAGAUAG